CCAUGACCAUGACCCUACACACCAAAGCGUCCGGCAUGGCCCUGCUGCACCAGAUCCAAGCCAACGAGCUGGAGCCCCUGAACCGCCCGCAGCUCAAGAUCCCCCUGGAGCGGCCCCUGGGCGAGGUGUACGUGGACAGCAGCAAGCCCGCCGUGUAUAACUACCCCGAGGGCGCCGCGUACGACUUCAACGCCGCGGCCGCCGCCUCCGCGCCCGUCUACGGCCAGUCGGGCCUCGCCUACGGCCCGGGGUCGGAGGCGGCGGCGUUCGGCGCCAACGGCUUGGGGGGCUUCCAGCCGCUCAACAGCGUGUCUCCGAGCCCGCUGGUGCUGCUGCACCCGCCGCCGCAGCUCUCGCCCUUCCUGCACCCCCACGGCCAACAGGUGCCCUAUUACCUGGAGAAUGAGCCGAGCGGCUAUGCGGUGCGCGAGGCCGGCCCUCCCGCCUUCUACAGGCCAAAUUCAGAUAAUCGGCGCCAGGGUGGCAGAGAGAGAUUGGCCAGCACCAGUGACAAGGGAAGCAUGGCCAUGGAAUCUGCCAAGGAGACUCGCUACUGUGCAGUGUGCAAUGACUAUGCCUCAGGCUACCAUUAUGGAGUUUGGUCUUGCGAGGGCUGUAAGGCCUUCUUCAAGAGAAGUAUUCAAGGACAUAAUGACUACAUGUGUCCAGCUACCAACCAGUGCACAAUUGAUAAGAACAGGAGGAAGAGCUGUCAGGCCUGCCGGCUACGCAAGUGCUACGAAGUGGGCAUGAUGAAAGGGGGGAUACGGAAAGACCGGAGAGGAGGGAGAAUGUUGAAGCACAAGCGCCAGAGAGAUGAUGGAGAGGGCAGAAAUGAAGCGGUGCCCCCUGGAGACAUGAGAUCUGCCAACCUUUGGCCAAGCCCUCUCUUGAUUAAACACACUAAGAAGAACAGCCCGGUCUUGUCGCUGACAGCCGACCAGAUGAUCAGUGCCUUGUUGGAGGCUGAGCCCCCCAUAAUCUAUUCCGAGUAUGAUCCUACCAGACCCCUCAGUGAGGCUUCAAUGAUGGGCUUGCUGACCAACCUCGCAGACAGGGAGCUGGUACACAUGAUCAACUGGGCAAAGAGGGUGCCAGGAUUUUUGGAUUUAAGCCUCCAUGAUCAAGUGCAUCUUCUGGAAUGUGCCUGGCUAGAGAUCCUCAUGAUUGGUCUUGUCUGGCGCUCCAUGGAGCACCCAGGGAAGCUCCUGUUUGCUCCUAACUUGCUCCUGGACAGGAACCAGGGCAAGUGUGUUGAGGGAAUGGUGGAGAUCUUUGACAUGUUGCUGGCUACAUCGUCUCGGUUCCGUAUGAUGAAUCUCCAGGGAGAGGAGUUUGUGUGCCUCAAAUCCAUCAUUUUGCUUAAUUCUGGAGUGUACACGUUUCUGUCCAGCACCCUGAAGUCUCUGGAAGAGAAGGACCAUAUCCACCGUGUCCUGGACAAGAUCACAGACACCUUGAUCCACCUGAUGGCCAAAGCGGGCCUGACUCUGCAGCAGCAGCACCGGCGUCUCGCGCAGCUCCUGCUCAUCCUGUCUCACUUCAGGCACAUGAGUAACAAAGGCAUGGAGCAUCUGUACAACAUGAAGUGCAAGAACGUGGUGCCCCUCUACGACCUGCUGCUGGAGAUGCUGGACGCCCACCGCCUGCACGCCCCAACCAACCUCGGGGGCCCACCCCCGGAGGACAUGAGCCAGGGCCAGCUGGCCACCUCGGGCUCAACUCCAUCGCAUUCCUUGCAAAUGUAUUACAUCACGGGGGAGGCGGAGAACUUCCCCACCACAAUCUGAGAGCUCCCCCCGGCGGCUCCCCCAAGGUUCCGAGAAUCCCUGUCGCACUUCACCCCCACCACGCAUCACUCUAGCUGACUUCUGCCCCUGCACACACUCUGGCAUGUAUCCAGCGCUGGCUUUCUAAUAUGGGUGGCCAUUCGUUCGCUUGCUCAAUUCUAAGUGGCACACCUUCUUUGGGGAACAGCCAAAGGGAUUCCAGGGCUCAUUUCUUUGGAACAGCUCCCUUUCUCCCUUAGCGGCGUUACUCAGCGUAAAGAUUCCCUUAGCGUUUCAUGACUGGGCUUGGUCUACGAGCUGGGCUCAGGGGACUGUGCACUUUAGCUACUUGUGACCCAGGUCUGGAGAGUGGACUUUUCACCUCCAUGAAUGUGAAGCACUUUUUAAUGGAUCUAAGCGUACGCCACAGGAAAGAAUUGGAAGUGGCUCCUUUAAUUGCUGACGCGGAGAAAGCUAGGUCCAGGGUUCAUUAUAACAUCCUCUUGUAUUCCUAUAGCAAACAUAUCAUUUUAUGAAAGUCAUGCCUUCAAGCUUUUGCUCUGUUGCUUGGCCGUAGCAGAAUAUCUGGUGAUUGUCCACCCACUUCCCCUAUAGGAAUACAAGACGCACACAGGGAAGGAAGAUCCCCUAAUUGUCAAGAAUUUAUCAGCUUAAUACACUGUACCUUCCGAUUUGCUGAAUGCUUUACCAUUGGCCUUUGAGAGCACUAUGUACAGGUCACGGGUUCCAGUUAAUUCUUGCUUCCCAUGGAGCUGUGGAAAACAGCAAGUUGAUCCCAGUUAAUUCGCUUUCACAUGUACCAGUUUCCUUGUGAGGGAUAAAUUCUUGGUUUUUUGUUUUUGUUUUCAUCUUAUGAAAAAGAAAGCCCUCUCCCCGCCCCCAGAACUUGGAGUAAAUGGGCUUCAGGACCUGUUCUGGUGUGAUCUCACACCUAUCAGCAGAGGGCGCUCUGCUCAGAUCUUCCUGGUGUGUAACUUAAUGCAGAACGUGUAUUAGGUGUAGUGCCCAGCCGAUGACCAAGGGCAGUUUCCACGAGUGGGCACCCUGGUGACACUUCUGGCCCUGCGGCACUGGGCUGAAUAGUAAAUGUGCAUGAUUCUUGUAGGUACUAGAGACCAAAGAGGAAAAAAGGGCAGAAACUGGAGAAAACUGUGAGGCUCAGGGUGGCCCGGCCACAGGCUGUGUCACUUAGGAGUGCUACUGGCCGACCCCACGCUGCACUGCGGGGCUGCCCGGGGGUCCACAGGGCAGUCCUCCUCUUCCUUGUUUCCCCGCCAGGCCCUGACUGGAGGCACGUUCUGGGCGGGGAGGAGGGCCAGGAUUGGAGUGUACUCUCUGGGCGGGCUGCCUGCUGCCUGGUCAGACCACACCUGCCCUUGGUUGUUUAGAAUUCAUCCCAGAAUCAGGGUUUGGCCUUGAGGGAGAAAGGGAAAGAAAGAAAAAAACUUCCCCAAGUGUCGAUUUCAUUAAACUACAUAAGCCAAGAGAGCAAGACUGGACAUGGGCGUAGGAGUCCUCAGGCCUAUAGGCUUAAACAAGCAAGGCUCACCCCAACCACAGGGCUGGCUUCCCUGGGUCUUUGCUUCUCUAGGGCAGUUAUGGGUUAUUUUCCCUUCUCAGCUAAAAAAAAAGAAGUUUGGUUUCCUCUGGUGACCUCAUUGUCUAGAACCGGAACCCCAUUAAUAGGCAAUGUGUUACGCCAUCAAGCCAGCCAAGCUUCUAAGGCUUCUCUUGGGAUACCUGUUUUAAAAGUGGAGUUCAUUCAUUUCCAAUUUCACAGGAAGCGAUCGCCAAAGGACUGAGAACCUGGGAGGGCCAAAAAGAAAAAAAAAAAAAGUUUUUUUCACAAGUGCAUCUAAAUUUAGGGGCAAUUUUAUGUAUCUGCAGUGAGAAUGUUUAGAACAUACUUCUUUUGUUGUUUUUGUUGAAGAAGCACCUUAUAUAGUAUAAUAUAUAUUUUUUUGAAAUCGCAGUGCUUGUUUAUCAGACAAUUGAAUGUAGUCAUUCUGUUCUGGAUUUAAUUUGACUGGGUUCACAUUCAAAACCAACGAAAAAUGUUUACUUUUUUUGUAUUACUACCUUGUCAUGUAUGCAGUCAUUAAUAACCAAGGCCUGGUGAUUAUUCAUUUAAAUGAAGAUCACAUUUCAUAUCAACUUUUAUAUCCACAGUAGACAAAAUAGCACUAAUCCAGAUGCCUAUUGUUGGAUAUUGAAUGAUAGACAAUCAUAUGUAGCAGAGAUUAUGCCUGAAAAGGAAAAUUAUUCAGGGCAGCUAAUUUUGCUUUACCAAAAUAUAAGUAGUAAUAUUUUUGGACAGUAGCUAAUGGGUCAGUGGGUUCUUUUUAAUGUUUAUACUUAGAUUUUCUUUUAAAAAAAUAAAAACAAACAAAAAAAAAUUCUAGGACUAUAGAUGAUGUAAUACCAGCUAAAUCCAAACAGUAAUCCAGUGGAGGGUUUACAUUAUUCAUCUAAGGUGUUUGUAUUCGUGUUAAGAUACUACUACAUUUGAAAUGGGCAGAGAACACCAGAUGGUUUGAUAGCCCGGGAGUUUCAGAUAAUUUUGGAAAUCUCUUUUUUAUUCUCAUUUGAAGUGCCACUAAUGGACAGCUGAUACUUUGCAGCUGAUGUUGCUCUUGGGUGUAGGGAAUAUGCUGUGUGUUUUUUCCCCCCACUCUGAGACAAUUUAAAGUUUGAAAGGCAUGGUCGAUCAGGGUUGGGGGGGUGGGUUGGGAUAGGGUGGGGAAAUGGGUUUAGGAAUUUGAAAAAUGGGGGGCUAGAGUCAUACGAGUCCUGAAAGUGUCUUGAGGCAGAUCGAUGCUGGCACCUGGAGUAAGCGCCAGGGUUUAGUCCUCCGAUUGUGCCCUAUUAACCACAAAUAACUAGCUGUAUCUGAUAGCCAUUCCUGUAAUGGCAGCUUGAGUUCUGGGGAAGAACCAGAGGCAGCCACAAUAUAGUCCAAGGAAGAGCUAGUGGUCUUUGUUUUCUGUAGCCAUUGCCCAGCUCCAGGCUUGCGGUAAUGAGUUCUGCAGUGCUGUCGUGCAACAAUCAGAGAGGCUAGUGCAUCCAAAGAGAAGACCCUACAUUGUAGGUUAGGAAAUCCAGCCCCAAAGGAAGUGUAGUCAUUGAUCAGAUUUCCCUAUUAACCUUGCAAGAAUGUUCAGCCAUGCCAUAUCCUGUGCCUUUGGCGGGGGCUGGACAAAUAAGGGACUUACUGCUAAUUUACUUUUGAUCCCAUCAAGAUGUUCUUGCAUUGAAAUCUCACACACUGAUAUGGCUAUUGACUUAGGCCAUUGGUUUAGACUACCCCUACGUGCAACCGAUUCCAAAUCACUUCCUAGCCACACUUCCUGACUCUGAGAUGGACUGUGAAUGCGGGGAGGGAUCCCUAGGACCACAGUAAUGUCUAAUAGUCACAGGCAGGUUUGCUUCAGGAAACUGGUUAUUCGAAAGGCAGAUAGAAUCGUACAGUAGCUCCUGAGACAACCGUGAUUCUCCUUGGUGCAAAAGCUUUGGGCAGGUGAUCCAGAAUACACUGCACGCUUCCUAGGUGAACUCCCUGCAAAGUUCUUCUCAACUGGAGCAAAGGAGUUUAACUGUGGUCCCAAAUAUCCACCUUUUCAUUAGUGUUAGUCCUCUGUUUCUAACUGCAUUUUCUUUCCAUUUGGAUUACAGUGAGCGUGGCCUCUUUUCUAAGUCACUUAAAAUUGGUUUUGAAGUAACUGCUGCCUCUAUUAUGGCACUUCAAUUUUGCACUGUCUUUCAGAUUCCAGAAAAAUUCUAUUCUUUUUUUUUUUUGCAUCCAAAUGUGCCUGAACUUUUUUAAUAUGUAAAUGCUGCCAUGUUCCAAACCCAUCUUCAGUGUGUUUUUAUAGAGCUGCGUACCCUGGAAAAGACAUACAGCCCCCAUAAGCAGGUGCCUGAGGCAUGGACCCCUUUGCAUUCACAGAGAGGUCAUUGGUCAUAGAGACUUGAAUUAAUAAGUGACAUUAUGCCAGUUUAUGUUUUCUCACAGCUUAUAAACAAAGCAUUUUGUGCACUACAUAUUCUUCAGUGUAGAGCUCUUGUUUUAUGGGGAAAGGCUCAAAUGCCAAAUUGUGUUUGAUGGAUUAAUAUGCCCUUUUGCCAAUGCAUACUAUUAUUGAUGUGAUUGUUUUGUUGCGGCUUCGCUUUAAUGAAACACACUUGUCAGCCUCUUUUGCACCUUAAAAAAAGUCAAGAAUCCAGUGGGAUGCUCAAGCACCUUAAACAAUUUUCUCUACCUAUUUGAUGUUCAAAUAAAAAAUUAAAUGAAA